AUGGCCAAAAUAGCGUAUGGACCUAUUGGUAUGGUCGGAGCGGAACAUGUAACCUGGGGCCGUGGCCUUGCUGGGGCUUUUGCAACACUCAUGUUGUGGUACAUAGGCAAGGCUACCUAUAACAUCUUUCUACACCCUCUUCGGAAAGUCCCUGGCCCAUUUGUAGCCAAGUUUACAAGCAAAUGGCUUGAAUAUCAGGGGUUCACUGGUCACAAGACUGCAACACUGCAUAAUAUGCAUCAGAAGUUCGGGCCAGUUGUUCGUGUUGCCCCAGAUGAGCUACUAUUCUCCGACCCGGCAUUGAUCAAGAAGAUUUAUGGUUUUAAGGCGUCGUACCUCAAAACCUCUUUCUACACUGGUUUCGAUGACUAUGGAGAGCCAGUGUUGUUCACUCUCCGCGACCGGAGUCUGCACCGAGACCGUAAAAAGCUGAUGGCUCAUGCAUUUAGUGAGUCUACUAUACUUCAGGGAGAGCAUCUAGUGGCAGAACAAAUCGAAAAGUUCCUGAGCAAAAUCGAGGACCAACAAGGUACUGCGAUGGACGUUUACAUGUGGUUUAGAUGCCUCACCCUGGACAUUGUUUCUUCCUUGUUCAUGGGCGCCUCUUUCGAAACCCUAGAUAAACGCGAUCAUGAAUACAUGGACAGCGUCGACUCUUACUUCGUCCUUGCAGGCCUAAAAUGGCAGAUUCCGUGGCUAAUCCCUCUGACAUCGUGGAUUCCAUGGGCACGAUGGCAACACUUCUUAGGCGCCCAAACCAAGAUUUACAACCUAGGCCGAUCGUCUUUUAAGGAUUAUCUUGAAAGGCAUGGGCGUAACUCGGGCCGCCAAGAUGCCCUGACAAAGAUCAUUCACGGAGACAAGGUGCUUCCCCCACUAUCUGACGAACAGAUUGCUUUAGAGAUCGGCAGUAUUCUUGUCGCUGGGACUGACACAACAGCUACUGUCCUGACUUAUCUCUGUUGGGAACUGGCCAAGAUGCCGACUCUGCAAGUUCAAUUACGGGACGAACUCAAACAAGCCAUACUAGGCUAUCAGGACAAACAUGUGCCCAAGUAUUCCGACCUAAAGUUUCUGCCACUUUUAGAAGGAAUCGUGUUGGAAGGUCUCAGGCUCCAUGGGCCCGCUGUUGGAAGUAUUCCUCGUGUUGUACCCAUUGGGGGAGAUAUGCUAGGAGAGUAUUUCGUUCCUGCAGGUACAACUGUCGGAAUCCAGGCAUACACAACUCAUCAUGAUCCAACUAUUUUCCCAGACCCGGACACGUUCAAACCAGAGCGGUGGGCCAAUGGUGGAACUAGGGAAAUGAAAGACGCCAGUCUGCCCUGGUCGAAAGGAUCGCGAAUGUGUCCUGGCCUACACCUCGCUACUCUGGAACUCAAGGCCGUUCUGGCCGCGCUUUCACUAGGCUGGGAAUUGUCUCUGGGCCCCAACAUGAAGGAUGACACGAUGGAUAUGAUCGAUAAUUGGGUGUUGAUGCCAAAGGGCAACUUUUGCGAUAUUGUUUUCAAGCCUUUAGCAGUGUAG